CCUUUUAUAGUUCUGUAUUACAAGUUGACUGGGAUUCUUUACCUCUGCAGAUAUCUUUGGUAACCUCUACCUGCACAACGACCGUGGCAAAGAUGACUUCACCCCCCUUGGUUGACUUCAAAUCGACAUCCAACAUGUCCUCUGAGUCACGUCAGGCAUAUUCUCAACUGCCUCCGUCAGGACCGCAAGCGCCACCCAACAUGUGCGUCACGGAUCUCCAGGCUGCUUGGCGUGCUUCUGGGAAUUCCACGUUUUCUAUGCUAGAAUGGCUUCUUCACUAUUCCUCUCCCUUCACAUCUUAUUUACCUCCCAGUUCCGUUGCCUCAGCGUCAUCAUGUGACUCGACCAGUAAACAACCCUUAUCCAUCCAACUGCCAACCACCAUCUCGACGCCAACUACUUUCUGCCAGUCUGUGCUUGUAAGCCCGGUGACACCAGCGAGUUUGGGCAGAGAUUCGAGUCGACCGCUUCUCAGUUCUCCCACGACCACAAUAACUUAUCCACCGUGCCCAAAUCGUGAUCUGGAUCAAUCUGGUCCCGCAUCUCAGCCAACCCCAAAUCGCCACACCAAUUCGGUCGAGUCGAGUCCAACUUCUUCCACUGUGGCCGCCUCGCGAAGUAACAGCCUGCUUGUGACGACUUCGGAGCCUGGUUCGCUGUCUGUGAUACCUGGACACUUGGAGUCUCUGGCACGUCGUCCUUCUGAGGGUGGUUUGAACCAUCAGCUGAUCGUGAACAAUCGCACUCGUGAAAUGGCCGUGCACUCAUCCUCUCGUCUUACAUCGCCCAUACUGGAGACCUCCGGUGCGAUGAGCAGUCUGGCAACGGCUUCCUUAGAGCCAGUAGGCAGAAACAAACGACGUCGAAGUGGACCACCUACACCACAGCUGGCGGCUCCCAACUCCAUGCACACGUCCAACCACAUCACAAGAACCCGAUACGUCUCACAAAUCGAUAUGCCUACAAACUCUAUUCGUGUUUCCAAUGGCCCCCUCUCUUCACUUACCCAACUAUUGCUUGAAGACUUUCCUUCCACAAGCAACAGUGAUUCUUCCGACUAUGACGGGAACGAAACUUACGGCACUACAAGUAGUACAACUUCACCAUCUUAUUUUCACCAAUCAACGUUUUAUUCACAAACACCACAGUUGGUCGAACUUGGCAGAAUUGCACCAGUCUCACAACCGAGUUCGGAUGAUUUGGUCCCUGUUGCUGGAAACCUGCACUAUAACGCUUGGACGCCACGUCCUAAAUGUCCACCGGAUCUAGCAUCCUCGAUCGCAGGGGAUUUGACACCCAGUUCUACGGUAGCCCAUCCGAAAAGUAGCUUUCCGUUCUUCGCGCCACCUGGAACGAAUGGGCCAAGAGUUCAUUCACCAUUUGUCUACACUCUACCAACUUCUGGCAACUCAGUAACUCUUUCUUCGGCAAGUUACCAGUCUCAGUUGACAGAUAAUUCAUGCUCGACGCCGUUGCCGACCACCAUUUCAAUCCCUUUUACUCCGGCGAUAGCUCCUACCACCGAAGCGCCAUCUAGUCUUUGUCGUGUCUUAUUGGACCCACAACUUGGCCCUCAAAAUCCGAGUCCGGAAAGCACCAUACCCUGUGGGACGGUAUUGUUAACUCCAAAGUCCUCCGUGACCAGGGGUAGAACGGUUUAUAGUUCAGCCGCGCGGUCUUUGUCCAGCUCAUCACCGAAAGUCACCAGUCACGAUGUCCACGAAUUUUCCACAGCCAGCUGUGAAUCCAAAGGAAGUCCACAUUCUAAAUCCACGGAGUCUUUUUCAGACAGUGUGUUUUUAGAGACAGCUAAUCCAGCCUCCGUGUCUACCAGCCACCUUCGACCGACUAACAUUGACAGUCCAACAUCACCACCACCUGUUCAACAACUUCACAGCCUCUUUCACCAAAACCGAUUGCCAAAAGCUGAGGAGAUGGAGGAAGUGGGAAACUCGGGAUGUAUAAAAACAAUUCUGAUGAGAAGCACAACUGGCCAGAAGAAGUUUCUGGUUGAUGAAAUACUCAAUGACUAAAACGGUUCGCCCCUCCUACAAGCUGUUUUCAACGAGUCAACAGAUAGUCCGGAGUUGUCCGGUCGGAUUCCUGAGCAGUGAGGUCUGAACUCCGACGGCUUCG